GGAUAAACACUGUACUAUUACACACGUAAUGGUGGCGGCUUGCUAUUAGAAAUCAUUGCUGACAACUUAUUUAGAAAAUACUUUGGGAAACCUUCAACAACUUAAAAAUCCAAUGCAAAGUUGAUGAGAUUAACAGAAUGAAUGAGUGUUGUUUUAUUUGCAAUACGAAAACUGGGCUGUAUUUGGUAAACGCUACAAACUUAUUUGGAGAUGGAAUAUCACUUAAUUCUGAUAAAAAAUUACAUGAAGUUAUCGGUAGUAUUGUGGACAAACAAAUAAAGAAAGACGGUAUACAUUCACAUAUCAUUUGUAAGAAGUGCCAAAAAGCUGUAGUCGAAUACGACUCCUUACAAGUCAGGGUACAAGCCAUAAAACUAGAGCUGAAGGAGCAGUUUAAGAAGACUUUAACGAAAUAUGCCAUCAACUAUGAAACAUACAACGAUGAGGCUAAGAAAACCGAAAAGAAAGAAAUAAAGAAACUAGUGUUACCAGCGUCCAAACUACAGCCUCUACCUCCCGACUUCCUUAUAAAGAAUGCGAAAUGGCCAGUCUCAAGAACAAUUACAAUGCCACAGUUGAAGACAUCAAUGACAUUACCAUCAUCAUCAACACUCAAUCUAAAAGUGACUGUUGGUUCGUCUGUCCUCACACAGAGCAUAAACACUAAUACCGUAGCAAACAAAAAAACAAUCACAAUACCCACCCAAAUAGAUCCAAAUGUGAUAAUAAAUGUCAGCCAGAAUGACAAAACCACUCAGAACAAAGCUCCGACUAAAUCUGACGAGAUUUCAAAGAUCUCGUCGAGCUCGUCGGUUGGGCAGACGAUUUCGACGAGUUCGUCGAUCACGUCGAAUCCUAUACUAAGCUUCAACGUUAACACCCUACCAAAUAUAUUCCCAUCGGCUGUAUGGAAAAAGGUUGACGUGGAAUUUGAUAAGAAAUUGAAGAAAGAGGUCGUUGAAGGAAUGGACCCUGAAAGUAACGAAGAGCAACCGGUGGAGAUAGACUCAGAAUGUAAUCUGUCGAUGCUGACAUCCGACAACACCGACAGCUGUAUUAAAGACCAGCUCAUAUUCCAGGAAGACAUUAAGUGUGACAGUGAAUCGGCCGACAGUUUCGUGGACGUGAGGAUGGUGGGCUUCGACAGGGACGAGCAUACUCUGCUCAUGGACAGACAGAACGGAUCUAUACUGAGAGUGGUGUCCGGUCAGAAGUUACUGUAUGGAGAUAAUGAAAUAUCCCUCGUGCUGCCCCACGACGACCCCGAAGGCAGCCAAGAUUCAAAUUCUGAAUCCCAGAUCGAGUUGCAAGUUUCCGGUGAUGAGGAGACGGCUAACGCUAUCAUAGCGGCCGCCAGGGAGAGAGGCGGAGCGUUCAUCAAGGUGGAGUCGGGUGAAAUGUACAGAGUGAAAUCUGUUCAAAGCGAAGACGUUGAGAAUAAUUCGCAGGUGGUGUUGUUCGAGAACGGGUCCUUCAAGUGUUUGCUCUGUAAGGACGACGCGAGCGAGUGGAUGUCUCCGUCGUCGGCGUGUGAUCACCUGAUGACGUCACACUCCACCCAGCUGUUCCUGUGCGGCGAGUGCGGGGCGGCCGCGGACUCGCGACACGAACAUACGCUGCACAUGGAACAACAUACAAAUAAAUCUAAGAAUGAUCAAGAAGAUAAGAAGGUGUACUCCUGCAACGUGUGUAACAAGCGCUACGCCACGAGGGGGCUGCUGGUGGAGCACCGCAACACGCACAGCGGGGCGAAGCCCUACGUGUGUAGGACCUGCGGCAAGGGGUUCGCCUCCAAGUACACACAUCAAUCACAUCUGAAGACACACCAGGCUCGCCCGCGCCCCUUCAAGUGUAGUCAGUGCGGCAAAUCAUUCUUCACCUUACAAAACCUUAACCAACACGAGAAGACGCAUUCGGGAGUCAAAGACUUUAUAUGUAACAUAUGCGGCAAAGCAUUCGGCACUCAGCAUAACUUAGAGGUGCACGGUGUCGUCCACUCGGGCAACAAGCCGUUCGUGUGCGGAGUGUGUGGCAAGGCGUUCGCCAGGAGAGCUGAAGUUAGAGACCAUAUGAGGAUACACACCGGCGAGCGCCCGUUCGCGUGUGAGAUCUGCGGCGCUCGCUUCACACAGCGGUCCAACCUCCACUCACACCGACGUGCGACACACUUAGACGACAAACGAUACGCCUGCCAACACUGCUCGAAACGGUUUAAGAGACGCCGUUUGCUAGACUACCACGUUAAGGCGGCGCACACGGGCGAGAGACCUCUCAAGUGUGAGGUUUGUAGGGCGACCUUCGUGUAUCCUGAGCAUUACAAGAAACACACCAGAAUACACAGCGGAGAGAGGCCUUACUCGUGUGAAGUUUGCGGUAAAACGUUCAAUUCCCGCGACAACCGGAACACCCACCGCUUCGUGCACAGCGACCGGAAGCCCUACGAGUGCGUGGUGUGCGGCGCCGGCUACAUGCGGAAACAGCUGCUCUACCAGCACAUGAACACCAGCGGACAUUUGGCGGAAUCCAUAGUAGUGAAUCAACCGAGAGUGACGAGCGUGGUGGAUGUGACACCAGCCAGCGAAGAUUCGGCUAAGGCGGACAAAUUUCCUGACACGAUAUACGAGACUACGGAGGAAUUAGAAUUGGAUACGAGCAAAGCAGUUGUUACAACACAAGGAGAAACAAAAUUCUUUUUCACAGAUAACAAAAAGCUUAUCCUAGAAGACGGUAAAACAAUGGAUUUGGUCAACGACACCGCGGGGUCCGCGCUGCUCACGCUGCACAAUAUUGAAGACAAAACCGAGACUUCCCUAUUGGACAACAUCACUACUGACCAACUCACAGACCAACAGUCUUGUGGUCUGAGGCUGGUCCCCGUGGAACUCCCAGACGGUACCAGUGGAUGGGUUGCCAUCAACCAGUGACUGCUGUGUCCGCUGCGGACAGCGUCUACUCAUCAUGACAAGGGGUUAUUUUAGAAUUUUUAUCAAAUAAAAAUUAUAAGUGUAAUUUUUUGAGGCUGUCAAUCACAAUGUUCACUCGUCUUGAUGAUGGCCCUAGUGACUUAUCCCGACGAGUUCUCGAUGAUGUAUGUGACGAGUGUUCUGUAUCUGUAAGUGGAGGCCUCGACUUAUAUCGCAUGAUAUUUUUUAUAUAAAUUAAGGCUGAAUGUAAAUAAAGUAAAAUUAGUUUUAUUAUUUAUGAAUUUAGCGCGCGUUAUUAAUGAAUAGUGUGACGAGGAAGGUUUUUUAAUAGAUGUAAAUAAAAUGCACUUUGUUUAUGACGUAUUUUAAUCCACGUGGCAACCAAAACUAUUUUAAUGUGAUCAUUAUAAUACUAACGUUUUCUUCAAUGAAAUAAAAUGUAUCCUGAAUUA